GCCAGGAACUCUUUGUGUAGGACCUCCCUCCACCCCUGAAGUGGAGAAGAGACUCCCAUGAGCCUGUAGCAGUCUAACAAGAGUUGGGGAGAAGACUGAGGUGCUUCUACAGGAAGCAGAUUUAAGCUUAGCAACUUCCUGAUAUCUUUGGUCACUUUGAGCUGGUUUCUGCUGCCAGAAGGAUCUGAGGCUCAAACUCACUCAGCCGUUUUAGAGUGGAUCCUCUAUUAAGACAAAGUUGAUAUUUAUAUAUUUUUUUCCUUUUUUAAACAUGCAUCAGUUACAUUUUUGGUGAGCAUCGAGUGUGUGUGGGAAGGGUGUUUUCUGGAAAAAAGUUCCUCUGACACAAGGAGCUCUAGGAACAUUCAUUUUCAUCCAUGACUUUGGUAGUCCUGCAUUUUAAUGCCACAAAGAAUCUGAAUCCUCCAGCAGCUGGAAGAAGACUAGGAUCCACCGGACAUUAAGUGGGCAGUACCCACCUUAAAAAAGGGAUUUAGAAUUCCACAAAGUGGUGAGAUUAUGAAAAGAGAUCUCUCACCCUGCCUUCCCAUCCAUCCCCAAUGAAUGGCGAGUGCUCCUACAGCCUCCUGAGGCGUACGCUGCUCCAGGAUUGAUACCAUUACCUGGGAACAAGACUCAGCAAGAUGCUUAACUCCAUCAAAUGUGUGUUGGUUGGGGAUGCAGCCGUGGGGAAAACAGCCCUCUUGGUGCGCUUCACAUCAGAGACAUUCCCUGACAUGUACAAGCCCACGGUGUAUGAGAAUGCGGGGGUUGACGUCUUCAUGGAUGGUAUCCAGAUCAGUCUGGGCCUUUGGGACACAGCAGGUAAUGAUGCCUUCAAAAGCAUCCGUCCCCUCUCCUACCAGCAGGCAGAUGUGGUGCUCAUGUGCUAUUCGGUGGCCAACCAUAACUCCUUCUUGAGCCUGAGGAACAAAUGGAUUGCUGAGAUCCGGAGCAACUUGCCCUGCACCCCAGUUUUGGUGGUGGCCACACAGACUGACCAGAGGGAAAUGGGGCCCCACAGGGCCUCCUGUAUAAACGCAGUGGAUGGGAAACGGUUGGCCCAGGAGGUGAAAGCCAAGGGCUAUCUAGAGUGCUCAGCUCUUUGCAACCGAGGGGUACAGCAGGUAUUUGAAUGUGCUGUUAGGACUGCAGUUAAUCACGCUAGGAAGAGAAGUAGGAGGAAACUCUUCUCCAUUAAUGACUGCAAGAUCUUCUAAACCUUCCAGACAGACUCAAUCCCAUAAUUCAUCCCAACAGGAGACCAUUGACUAGGUUGGGGGUGAUGGGACUGGCCUUGUGCAUUCCUGUUCCAUGUGGACACUUUGUAUAGAUUGAUUUUCACUAGAAACUUUGGCCUAUGGAAGUUUUACUGAAGUACACCCUACACAUGAACCAUUUUUGAGGACUUCAUCUGAUCACCACCUAUCCAGGGGCCUUAAAUAGAUGGGGUUUUUUUCUGUACUUUAUAUCUGUUUUUAUUCUUUUAUUUAAGUAUACAAGGACUCUGGGUUUUGCUAGACUCUCUACCAUGACUUUGGAUACCAAACUGAGUUUUCCACAGAACUCCAUAUUUAAAGACUAUUUUAUUUAAAAACAAAACCAAAGGAAAAACAUUUAGCUCUUUGUAGCUCAUUUCCACAUCGUACAUUCCCCCCUUCUCCCACUUAAUCACCAACACAAACUGCUAAAAAAAAAAACAUCACCAAAAUAACUAAAUAGCUUCUUGGAGCUUAAUCUUGUGUUAGUAGUAAAAAAUUUUUAUGUCACUGGAAUUUUGUUGAAACCACUUACCAACUGUUUUUUUUUUAAACAAAACAGGUAAUUAAACUCAAAAGAGCAAUGAACUAAUUAUAACAUCUAAUUUCCCAGGCAUUUAUCUUGCUUUGAACUUGCAUAACAAAAUAUAGUUUAAUUAUCUUGAAUGCUUUCAAAAUGAUUUACAAUUUUAGAAACCAGUUAUUUGUUGAUACUUCCUUUCCUUAGUACAUUAAAAAAAAUUGUGCAUGGGGAGGCAAGGUGACUCAGUGGAUUGAGAGUCAGGCCUAGAUAUAGGAGAGACUGGGUUCAAAUAUGACCUCUGACACUUCCUAGCUAUGUGACCCUGGGAAAGUCAUUUAACCCCAAAUGUCUAGCCCUUACCACUCUUCUGCCUUGGAAUCAAUAUUGGUUCGAGGAAGGAAAGUAAGGGUUUAAAAGAAAAACUGCACAACACAAUGCCCUCUGUCAUCAAAGUGCCUUACAUAAAGUAGGUACUUAAUAAAUAUUUGUUGACUGAAUUUCCAGUUACUUAUAUAUAAUCCAACUGUGAUUAUCACAACAGUCCCAAAAGAAAAUGACUUGUUUUUGCGUUGUUUUUUUUUUCCCAGAGGAAGGGACUGUAAGGGUUUGGGACCUUACAGGAAACAGAAACCUCCCUUGAUACUUUAGUUACUGUUUAUUUUCUCCCCUUGAGUGUUUUCAGUUCCUUAUGUGCUGAAGAGCUAUUGUAGUAUUGAAAUGAAUAACAUUUAGCACAAAUGCAUUUUCAUUGCAGCUCUUUCCUUGAGCUGUCAAGAUAACAAAAGCAUGUCGAGAUAUUGAAAAAACUUUGCCUUUUCUUUUUAAUGCUCCCCUAAGUAUUGUUUUCCACCAGGUUUAAAUGUAUAGGGAUUUCAGGGAGCAUUCACAUGGAAAUGCCCCAAAUCAAUAUGGUGGCACCAGUGAGUAGGUGCAAGAAAGCCAGGGAGCAUCUGGGAUAAGCUAGCUGGGCUUCAAGACAAAGUUAUCUGGACAGAUAGCAAAUCACUAGAAAAUAAUAACAAUAACAUCCUAUCGAGUGGCUAUGGUGCUGAAAGAGUUAAUCCUGUAAGCUGAAUGUGACUAUUGUGUUGUGUUGUGAGCAACAAACUAUGAAGCUGAGUGCCUGUUUACCAACUUCUUGAAUAAAAUUUACAA